GGGUGCACUCAGAGUCCCGGCCGCAGGCUCAGCGGGCCAGGGGGGAUGUUACACUUGUGUUUAUUUUGUUUGCUUGAUCCCCGGAAACGUAACGGCCGCCGAGGCCCCCUGUGGGUUUAGGCAGCGAGUUGCGUUGCUAUUUCUGUGCUGAGAAGAAGUUGCGUCACGUCUGUUUCGGUUACUGAAAUGGCGUCAGGAGCGUUUUCGAGAAGGGCCUGCUGUCUCCAGCUUCAAGCCCACGAUAGGGAAACAAGGCAGAGGCCGCCCCUGCCCUUAUGUUUCCCCUGUGCCAUUCCAUAAGCGAUUUUGGAAAUUAAUAUUCACCUCAGUAUGAUCUGCAUUCAUACUUAGUUGCGUUCGUGUCUGCCCGCCUCGCUGGGUAGUGAACUUGGGAGCAGAAAUGGUCUCGUUUAGGUUUAGCCAGACAACUUCAUGUUGUAAAUUGGGAGCGUGUAAGAAAAAGUGACAGUCUUUGAUAGUGAAGGAAAUGAAGAGAAACCUAAAUGAAAGUUCAACUCGAAGUACAGCAGGCUGUUUGCCUGUACCGUUGUUCAAUCAGAAAAAACGGAAUAGACAGCCAUUAACCUCCAAUCCACUUAAAAAUGAUCCAGGUAUCAGUACUGCUUCUGACAGUUAUGAUUUCCCUCCUUUACCAACAGAUUGGGCCUGGGACGCUAUGAAUCCAGAGUUGCCUCCUUUAACGAAAGCAAUGAACACAGGGCAAGCACCACAUUCAGUUUCUCAUCCCCUGAGAAAUCAAGAUUUUGUGUCUACGUCUAUUCAGUCAAAUACUGAAAGGAGCAAGAGUGAUUGGAGCUACAGAGAUGCCAACAAAAAUACUGGCUUGAAAACUUGGGAUAGAAAUGAUUUUAAGCCUCAAUGUAGAAGAACAAACCUAAUGGAAAAUGAUGGGAUAAAUUCUUGUCCAGUGAGAUUGGGAGCUCAACAACAGAAACAGUUAAGAAUAUCUGAACCUCCUAACUUAUCUCACAAAAGAGAAACUGAAGCACUCAGACAAACACAUUCAUCAAGAAAAUCAGGCUCCACAAUGAGAGGUCUAGACCAAAACAGUGCAUUACAGGCAUUUAAGCCCAAUUUUCAGCAAAAUCAAGUUAAGAAGAAGAUGUUGGAUGAUAUUCCAGAAGAAAAUACUCUCAAGGAAACCACAUUAUAUCAGUUAAAGCUUAAGGAAAAAGAUAAUUCUUUAAGAAUUGUAUCUGCAGUUAUUGAAAGCAUGAAGUACUGGCGUGAACAUGCACAGAAAACUGUACUUCUUUUUGAAAUAUUGGCUGUUCUUGAUUCAGCUGUUACCUCUGGGCCAUAUUAUUCAAAGACUUUUCUUCUGAGAGAUGGGAAAAAUACUCUGCCUUGUAUAUUUUAUGAAAUAGAUCGUGAACUUCCAAAACUGAUUAGAGGUCGAGUUCAUAGAUGUGUUGGAAACUAUGACCAGAAAAAGAAUAUUUUCAAAUGUGUUUCUGUCAGACCGGCAUCUGUUUCUGAACAAAAAACGUUCCAAGCAUUUAUUAAAACUGUAGAUGCUGAGAUGAGGUAUUAUACUAAUGUAAUGAAUGAAAUUUAA